UUUUUUCUUUAUUUUAAAAAAGGAAAAAAAAAUAUUUCUCUUCUUUUUUUUUCCCCACCUUUUUUUUUUUAUUUUAAUUCUCUUUUUUUUCUCCAUUAACUAAAAUGAACAAAGUAUAUGUAAUAGGUGUUGGUAUGUCAAAAUUCAUCAAACCAAGAGGUGAAGUGGAUUAUCCAGAAUUCGGUUUGGAAGCUGCUGUCAAGGCUUUAAAUGAUUGUGGAUUGACCUACGAUGCUAUUGAAUUUGCUGCUUGUGGUUAUGUAUAUGGUGACUCUACUUGUGGCCAACGUGUUUUGUAUCAACUUGGUAUGACACAAAUCCCUGUUAUUAAUGUCAAUAAUAAUUGUUCCACUGGUUCCACUGCUUUACUUCAGGCACGCAAUGCUGUGGCUUCAGGUACUGUGCAAUGUGCUAUGGCACUUGGUUUUGAACGUAUGGAAAGAGGUUCUUUGAAAUCGAAAUGGGCAGACCGUACAUCUCCUUUAGAUCAUGUUUAUCAAGUCAUCAAAUCUACACAAGGUCUUGAUCCUAAAGCUCCUGGUGCUGCACAAAUCUUUGGUCGAGCUGGUGAAGCUUAUAUCAAACAAUAUGGAGCAACCCCAACCCAUUUAGCCAAAAUUGCCGAAAAAAAUCAUCGUCAUAGUAUCAAGAAUCCUUAUUCACAAUUCCAAGACGUUUAUUCAUUGGAACAAAUCCAACAAUCACCCACCAUUUACGGUCCUCUAACGAAACUUCAAUGUUGUCCCACAUCAGAUGGUGCAGGAUGUGCUAUUGUUGCCAGUGAAGCUUUUGUCAAACAACAUGGAUUAUGGGAUCAAGCCGUAGAAAUUGUGGCUCAAGUGAUGGCCACUGAUUCUCCAGAUAUGUUAUCUAAAAAUCCAAUUGAAUGGGCUGGUGUGGAUAUGACAAGACGUGCUGCUCGACAAGCUUAUCAACAAGCUGGUAUCACACCAAGCGACGUUCAAGUGGUAGAAUUACAUGAUUGUUUCUCUGCCAAUGAACUUCUUAGUUAUGAUGGACUUGGUUUAACCGCUCCUGGAAAGGCUCAUACUUUGAUUGAUAAUGGUGACAAUACUUAUGGUGGAAAAUAUGUUGUUAAUCCUUCAGGUGGUUUGAUUUCAAAAGGUCAUCCUCUUGGUGCUACCGGUCUAGCUCAAUGUUCAGAACUGGUAUGGCAAGCACGUCAAUGGGCUGGUGAUCGUCAAGUACCCAAUGUCAAAUAUGCCCUUCAACAUAAUGUUGGAUUAGGAGGUGCGGUGGUAGUGACAGUGUACAAGAAAGCAAGUGAUACAUAUGCAGCACCAAGGACGGACUAUAAUCCUGCUGUCGAAGCAAGACCUAUCCGUCAAGUGGAUUAUGAGCAAGCCAAAUCCAAAACUAGAGCCGAAUUCCUUGAAGCCAAACUCUAAUUCUAUUUAGCUUAAUUUCUAUUCUUUUUUUUUUAUGAUAUCA